GUUUUGUAAAACAACGCAAUAACAGAGAAUACUAUCUCUCGUUCAUCCAUUCUCGGCAAUUAACAACAAGGUUUGGUUUUAGUCUGAAUCAUCGUUUCUGCUAGUGAAACAAUGGAUAACGGCUCAUCUAUAGGAAAUCAUUCUGGUGAUUCAGGACUAAUUUAUCCUUCUGAAUGGAUUAUUGGAAUGACUGUMUUCAACGCAAUAUUCUCUGUAGCAGGGACAKUUGGUAAUAUCUUCGUCUUAGUGGCUAUAUGCAAAAACAAGUGCCUUCAAUCGAUUCCAGACUUAUACAUAUUCAGUUUAGCGUCUGCAGACCUAAUUGUUACGGCRAUACGUCAGCCCUUACUGAUACACAAAGCUAAYAACAAUUUUGCUCAAGACCUUCACGAAAAGAAUAUACUUCUGAAUGUUUUYACACAGUUAGGUAACGUUGGAAGCCCUGCAACAUUAACCUCUAUGCUCGCGGUCACGAUUGAUCGAUUUCUAGCURUUCGUCGUCCUUUUAAGUACCACCUCUACUGCACCAAAAUACGUGCAAUUUUUGUCAUUUGCUCUUGUUGGGUAACGUCAGUUCUUGUUGCUGUUGCAAUGUAUUUUCUUGAUGACCUUGCAAAWUAUUUCGURUGGGCUUUGUAUUCAACAUGUUUGCUAUCCACUAUUUCGAUCUACAUCUACAUUUUUCUUGUUGCCAAAAAACAGGAAAAUAAAAUAAUCACUGUUCAACCUGUUCAGGACASWACAUCUUCAAACCCAAAUCGACAGCGUCAAGAACGAAAAGCAGCUAAAACUAUUGCUCUGGUUGUAGGAGUCUAUUUGUUAUUCUACGUCCCAUUUCUUGCCUACACAAUUUCCCAAUCAGAUACCCAGAGUUUGGAUUUUUUUAUUGGAUUUUAUUGGUUUUACUCUAUUCUUCUAUGCAACAGUGCCGUUAACCCAGUCAUCUAUUGCUURAGAAGCAGUCGAUAUCGACAUGCAUUUAUUGGAAUUAUAAAAAUGAAACGAGAAUGGCAGAUCACAGACGCCACACAGUAGUAUAUCUAUUGGAGAUCUACACAAAAUGAAUGUUUUCGUCUACUUUCUUUUAUCAACUUUGAUGUCCCGUCGUUACCAAUUAAAGAUGACGAAGAUGGAGCAUAAACUUUUACAAAAAAAUUGCAAACUAGAGAUGAAAACCACAGGAUACUAAUUAACGUUUAGUUGUUUCCACGCUGUAGCUACUAGACAGGUGAUUCCGCAAUAUAUUUGGUAAUUUUACCAUUCUAGCAGUUUCUAACAGAAUGUCAUAUGUAUGUAGCAAUCUGCAGAUGUAAAUCAAUUAAACUGGGUUUUCUGUGUCAUAUUGUCAGCUCGAUGACUUAAGUACUCUGCGGCAAGUUUGUACGCUUAAUUUUAAGAUGAACGACAAUGAUAACAAUUAUAUUGCAAGAACCUCUCCGGCUCUGAAAAAAUUGCAAGGUUUAUUCACCAAACUACUUAUAACUACUUAUAAAAAUGCAAGGUUAUCAGUGAAGGCUUCAAGACGAAACAAGUAGUGUACAUAAAAGUACAAAAAAGUAUAAAAGUAGUGUACAUAAAACUGUAAUGUUUGGACACAUUCGGCGUGAAAACCAUGACGUUCGUCUACUGGUAACCCAUAACGAAAAGAAYUAUGCAAAUUAUUCUUAAUUCCAUGGUAGAAUGGGUUUUACAUUAUAUAUCAUAUAUUAGUAGCUAGAAUCUCUACGUACAUCCAUAGCUCACAGCGUUCCACUAGUGUAUUAACGAUACACUGAUAAUACUAAAACGCAAUAAAUAUAUUUAUC